AUGGAAGUAAUUGGAGCUGCCGCCUCGAUCGCCACACUGAUCGAGGUAGCAAAGGUGGCAUUUGAGCUUCAGCACCGCUUUCAGGAAGCGCCAGAGAAAGUCAAGAAAUCCAUCCAUCAAGUCCACUAUCUUGCAAUCCUGCUGCCGACGCUGCUUGAAGUAAAAGAGAACAUUCAUGACGAGCGUGGCGUUGCGGAGGCUUGCGCCACGAUGCUGGAGGCGUGCCGCCAUGAAAUAGCCGCUCUCAAGGAUACUCUAGCCUCGAUCACAAAGGGCAGACAUCAUGGCCGAAUACAUUGGGUGCUCGUGGGCCAGACGAGGGCGAAGGAGUUGAUGACUGAAUUGGCCCAAGUUGAAAGCUCCCUGACCUUAGUGCUUAACAUGCUACAGUGCCAACGCUUACAGAUGCUUUCCGAAGUGACGGCAAAUCUGUCCCAGCAGAUGGCACUUGCCAAAAGGCUUGUGCAAAGGCCCAACUUUUGUUCAUGUUCUCACAUCGAACGCCCCUCCCGGGACGCAAGAGGCAGAAAAGGGGCUUUCAAUCAGAAAGGAACCUAUGUCAGUCGGCGGACAUUCGGCUGCGCCAAUCUGGCAACGGUAGCUGCGACCGUCGCGUCUCUGUGCCGCGAUGGAGACUAUACAUCCGUCUUGUCGCUCAAGCUGGAUCUGAUUUCGAAAUGGGGGCUUCAACUGGAGUUUUCUGGGUGGCUACCUGAGCUUCGAGUGGACAGAAUCUUGCUCAGCACGCGUCAAUUCGUUCCAAACAAUGACCCCUUCAUGUUGGCAUGUCAUGACGGCGACAUUGGGACUGUUCGAGAAGUUUUGUCGAAGAAUCCUGCCAGCGUGACCUUCUCAGACGAGUGGGAACGCACUCCUCUCUGCCUUGCCAUUGAAGGAGGGCAUGUCGACAUAUGCAAAGAGUUACUUGGUCGCGGAACCCGGAUCGACUCGACUUUCGGCCAGUACCAAACCCCAGCGGUGUCAUGGGCGCUGAAACUCCGGAAGUUGGAUAUUGCUCGCCUUUUGCUCUCCAAGGGGGCAUCGCUCGAGCAUCUAAGUGCUUGGGGGUGGUCACCCAUUUUUUACUUGUGGGCGGAGACGCGGCGACAUGAGGAAUCGUCCUUGUUUCUCGACAUCCUGCGAAGCACAGAUGAUUUCGACUGGCUGCAUCGAGGGGUUGUCGACACUGAAGGAUGGACAUUACUUGCUCGAUGCGCUGUCUACGGAGUCCCGAAGGACACAUUGACUCUUAUAAAAUACGGCGUCGAUCCGUCCGAAAGGGCUCCCGGGUCCGAAUGGACAGCCCUGCAUUACGUCGUCUACUAUGGCGUCGUCGACGCCUUCUUCGCCCUAUUCCCAAUCUUUCAGGAUCGCGCAGGUAUCGAGCUCCCCGACUCCAUCGGAUGGACAUUGCUCCACCUCGCCGUCGGAAACGGUAACGCUGCUGUCAUACGCCACCUGCUCGAGAACGGCGCGGAUUGGAAAGCCGAGACGUUGCCGUCUUACGACGAAGACAUACCUGAUUCGAUACAAGGGAUUCCGGCUUCUGCUGUCCAAAUCGCACUCGCCUACGGUGAACAGAGAUAUCUCGAUUUCUUGGACUUACUCGACGAGCUCGGCUUACUUGAGAACGAGGGCGAAGCUGACGAAGUCUGGUCUGAUGCUGUUUGA